UGUUUUUUCUCAAUUUUUAGUGUUAUUAUAUUACGGUAGUUUUAAAAUUCUGUUUUAUGCUAUGCCUGAAAAGCGACCACUUUAUGGUAUCAUCUGCGGUUACAGACAUUUUGCCGCAUUGGCAAUAUGCAUAUCAUUUUUUGCAAUCGAAGGAUAUCUUUUCUCCAGUGUCAGUGGGAAAACAAAAUACUAUUUGUACAAAGUCCACAUCCUAAUAUUUGUGGAAGUGAUGUUUUACCAAUUUUCAAAACUUGUUUGGAAGGAAUUGGACAAAUUAUGCCCAGAGGUAUUUUGUGCCGAAAAAGUCUGGCGAGGAAUGGUUGCUAGCUUUUUAUUUGUUGCUCAUCUUGGACCAUUUUGUACUUUUUAUAUGUCGAAAGAUCCUACCAUGUUGGGUGUGAUGGCAUGGACAAGUUUUGCGGCUCUGUUGAUAUUAUCUCUAUCUUUGGGUUUUUUUGGAGCCCUUUUUCGAAUUCUAAAUCGAUGUGGAAUGAGUGGUACUGCUAUAGCUGGAAUUUGUCAAGGUCGUCUUAGAAGUGGAAUUUGUGUUUUAUUUACUGCUUUAUAUAUUUGGACUGGCUAUCUCAAUGCCACAACUCCACCAGUCAUUAUCAGGGCCAGCAUUCCCAUUGCAAAGUUGCCUGCUUCGAUGAAUGGGACAAAGAUUGCUCUUUUAUCGGAUAUUCAUCUUGGCCCUACUGUUGGAUUUUCAAUGAUGGAAAAUGCAGUAAAGAUUACAAAUUCAAUUAAACCAGAUAUUGUUGUUCUUGCUGGGGAUUUAACAGAUGGCACAGUGGAAGAACUGAGAGAGGCAGCCUUACCACUGAAAGAUCUUGAUGCACCCAGUGGAUCAUUUUUUGUUACUGGAAAUCAUGAGUACUACACUAGUGAUGUUGAGAACUGGUUUGAAUUCCUAGAAUCAGUUGGAUUUCAUAUACUUCACAAUUCCAAUGUAAAGGUUCAUUCAAAGCAAAAUAAAAAAGAUUGGUUUUGUAUGCUCGGAGUGGAUGACAAGGAGGCACAGAUGAUGGGGAUUAGAUACGAAGGACAUGGUGUCGAUCUCAAAAAAGCAUAUUCUGGAUGUGAUGACAAACAUGCGUCUAUAUUAGUUGCUCAUCAACCAAAUGUAGCAAAAGAAGCAUUGGAUUCGCAAUUUCCCAUUCAACUUGUGUUAUCAGGUCACACCCACGCAGGACAAUUUUAUCCAACAGCGUUAUUUGUGUAUCUGGGAAAUGCUUACUUUUAUGGAUUAUAUCAAUAUGAUGCUACAAGCUACGUCUAUGUAAGCCAAGGUGUAUUUUAUUAUGGAUGGCCAAUGAGAAUAGGUAGUCAUUGUGAAAUAACAGAAAUAACUUUGAUAUCAUCUUAAAUAUCAGGAUUUUUUUAAACUACCAGCAUACUUUUCAUUAUGCAUUUAAUUACAGCACAGCAGAGUUCAUGACCACUUAUUAUAGUCAUUGUGUUAUAUUGUAAGUCGUUCAAAUUUUUGUCUGUGGUAUGUACAAAAACUUUUUUAUCAUGCUUCAAGCUAGGAAUCGGGCAGAUAAGUUUCUAUAUUUGAGAAAAAAUUUCAAUUCUCAUUUUUAUUUCUGUAUCUAUAAUAUGAGUAAAUAUACUGGUGGAUAAGAUUGGAUAUGAGGUCCAGUGUAUAACUCAAUUCACACAAGCUGCAUACUUCCGUAUUGUUAAUUCCACUAUCUUUCGAAUGUGGAAUUUCUUCACUGAAUUCCAACUGUGGUUUCACUCUUGGGCAUAAUAAUUAAGUGGGGUCAUGCUGAGGUCACUGGUAUGUCCAACCUUCAAACAAUGCACCAUACCGAUCAAUAGUCAUCAACUCAUAAACGAGAUAGCAAUCAGAUCCUCUACUCCGAUUCAUUAGUGACACUGCGUAUCCAAUCACUAAUUGAUAGCUCACUAGUUACACGACAUAAUUGGUCCGAGAUAUGGUGAAUGCACAUGCAAAAUUUGGAGCAGAUUUAACCUCGCUUUCGUGAGGUAUAGCGUAACAUACGAAAGUGUCUAACAGACAAACAAACAAACGGACAAAUACCUAUCAACAUACUUACCGAUCAAGAUCGAUAAGCAAUAAAAAUGUAACGUUUAUUAAGUCCAUGCUCCCGAAAACAAAUAAAUGGCUAACCAAUCCCAUACCCGACAGGGACUGGUAACCUGACGAAAUGCAGUGGUCCGCCAUAUGAUUAAGCCGCUUGUCGUCUUUCCUCUCCCCCCUUGAUAAAUAUGUAAAUCCUAUCCAAUUUUUUCCGGGAUAUAAAACUAAUACCGUGGGUUGUCUUGUCAGAUGUAUAUUUAUAAUGAAACUAAUUUAUUUUUACUUUUCAGUUACUUUUUCACUCAGCAAAGGGCCAUAUUUUGAUAUAAUAUUUGUAUGCAUCUUAUUGCUUAUUUCCUUCGGCAUGUAAUUAUGUACAAGUGAAUCAGUAGGUAGAAAUGAAAUUACAUAUUAGUACAAUUUGUAUUUAUUUUUAUGAGUGAUAACUAAUAUAACACAUUUUAUUCUUCUUCAAUAUCAGCAACAAUUCAAUUUCUUCAAAUUGCACUACUUUUUAGUUUUGUACAAUUAUGUGUUCCUCUUGAAUAUAUGCAAAACAUUUGUCAACAAUUAUGUGAUUAAUAUGAACUAAAUUAUUUUAAUGUUCGGUUUUGUUGUUUUUUAUCUGAAUACACGAUUUUUAAGUUGGCUUUAAAAAUUUCAAUACUCGUUGAAAGCAGAACUUAUGCUUAGUUGAGUGUUUGUAUGUCAGUGUAUGUUUGUUGAAAGUGUAGUCUGUGGUGUAUAAUCCUAUUUAUAAUAAACAUUGGUUUUUUUCUAACAUUCA